AUGGCGGAGGGCGGCGGAGGCGGCGGGGGGCCGCGGCGGAAGGCGCUGUCCCUGCUGGAGGCGGCCCGCUCCCGCUACGAGAGCCUGCAGAUCUCGGACGACGUGUUCGGGGAAUCGGGCCAGGACAGCAGCGGGAACCCCUUCUACAGCACCUCGGCCGACUCCCGCUCCGCCUCCUCCCAGGACGAGGACGAGGAGCAGCUCGCGGCUGCGGAGGGGCCCGGCCCACGGGGCCGGGGGCGCCGUGUCCCCAGGGCGGUGGCGGCGGAGCGGCAGCAGGAGGCGGAAGAGGAGGGGGGCUGGACCCCGACCCUGCGAGACGCCCCACCCCCAGACUUCAAGGAUAGCUUCGGUCCAACCCAUAAAAUGCCCCCAACUGCCAGUGCCAUGGACUUUUUUCAGCUCUUUGUCCCUGACAAUGUACUAAAGAACAUGGUGGUACAAACCAACAUGUAUGCCAAGAAGUACCAGGAGAGAUUUGGCAAAGAUGAUGCCUGGAUGGAAGUCACGCUAACAGAAAUGAAAGCCUUCCUAGGCUACAUGAUCUCAACAAGCAUUCACCACUGCGAGUCUGUCCUCAGCAUUUGGAGCAGUGGCUUCUACAGCAACAAGAGCAUUGCGCUGAUCAUGACACAGCCACGGUUUGAGAAAAUCCUGAAGUACUUCCACAUUGUGGCCUUCCGUUCCAGCCAGAUGACACACGGCCUCUACAAAAUUCAGCCUUUUCUGGACUCUCUGCAGCAUGGCUUUGACUCUACUUUUAGGCCUUCCCAAACCCAGGUGCUACAUGAACCGCUGAUCGAUGAGGACCCAGUUUUCAUUGCCACAUGCACAGAGCGGGAGCUACGCAAAAGGAAAAAGCGGAAAUUCAGCCUGUGGGUUCGGCAGUGCUCAUCUACUGGUUUCAUCUGUCAGAUAUAUGUCCAUCUAAAAGAAGGAGGCGGUGCUGACGGACUGGAUGCUUUGAAGAACAAGCCCCAACUCCACAGUAUGGUGGCCAAGAGCCUUUGUCAGAAUGCAUCAGGAAAAAACUACAUCAUCUUCACUGGCCCUAGCAUUACCAGCCUGAACCUUUUUGAAGAGUUUGAGAAGCAAGAGAUUUAUUGCUGCGGAUUGCUGAGUUCCAGGAAAAGUGACUGCACAGGCCUACCUCCAUCAAUGCUGCAUAACCCAGAUGCUCCUCAGUCCAGAGGGCAGUACAGAAUAAAGAUGAAGGGAAACAUGUCCCUGAUCUGCUGGUAUAACAAAGGGCAUUUUCGUUUUCUCACUAAUGCCUAUUCUCCAGUUCAACAAGGAGUUAUAAUUAAGAGAAAAAGUGGCGAGAUCCCAUGCCCGUUGGCAGUAGAAGCGUUUGCUGCUCAUCUUAGCUAUAUCUGCAAAUAUGACGACAAAUACAGCAAGUAUUUCAUUUCUCAUAAACCAAACAAGACCUGGCAACAAGUGUUCUGGUUUACCAUCAGCAUUGCCAUAAACAAUGCCUACAUCCUCUACAAAAUGUCAGAUGCCUAUCACGUGAAAAGGUACAGCCGGGCACAGUUUGGUGAGAGACUUAUAAAGGAGCUGCUGGGCUUGGAGGACACCUCACCUUCUCAUUGA